AUGGGAAUCGGAAAAGACGUAAUAGCAAAAGAAAGCUACGCAGAGUGUCUGGGAAAGCUAUAUCGGACGCACUCGCUAAAGCUGGGACUGGAAAGAACGAAAAUGCUAAGCGAGUGCUUCAACAACCCAGGGGACACGUACAAGACGGUUCAUGUGGCUGGCACGAAUGGAAAAGGAUCCGUAUCGUACAAAAUAAGUAUGUGCUUAAAAGUGCGUAACUAUAGAGUGGGCCUCUUUACAUCGCCACACAUAUUCUCCAUUCGAGAAAGAAUCAGAGUCAAUGAUGAGUGUAUAAGUGAAGAGGAUUUUGUCCGUCUCGUCAAUGAAGUUUGGAGGAAAGCAGAUGAAUUGGAUUUGAAGCCAACAUUCUUCGAAAUCGUAACAAUCGUUGCAUAUUUGUUCUUUAAAUCAAAGAAGGUGGAUUAUGCCGUUGUAGAGACUGGGAUUGGAGGUCGCCUCGAUGCAACGAACAUUCUAAGGAAACCCGAGGUAGUUGUCAUCACGUCCAUCGGUUACGAUCACCAGGAACUGUUAGGAGCUCAGCUGAGUUCCAUUUGCGAUGAAAAAAUUGGGAUAAUGAAGGAGGGCACAAAUGUAGUGAUCGGUCCGUCUGUGUCAAUCUAUAAAAAUGUCUUCAACAGAGCUAAGGACUUAAACUGCGUCGUUAAGGUCGUGCCACCAGAACCUCGUGGAGAGUCCUUUGACGAAGAAAACACAAGAAUAGCAGAAGAGGCACUGAAGAUCCUAAAGGUGCAGGUUUCCUCAGAUCCCAUCCUGAAAUCAGUUAUCUGUGUUAAGCCUCCACUAAGGAUGCAGUACCUUGCUACUGAACAGAUCCAACAUGUGAAGAAGAAGAUUUCGUCUCCCUCCGGAAGUUUCACUAACGGGAGUGCAAUGACCAAUGCGAUGAGCAGUGGAAUGACCACUGCAAUGACCAAUGGGAUCGGUGUCCCCCUGGCAGUCAUCCUUGACGUUGGCCACAACGAAACAGCCGUCGAUCGGCUCUGCCAAAACAUCAACUGCUUGCACAAGGGCAAACCCAUACGGGUCUGUGUCUCUGCGACCCGCCCGCGAAGCUUGGCCAUUUUUCAGCCCCUCGUGGCGCAUUUCCAGGGGCUCCUCCAGGUGCGCGCGCCGAAAGCAACGAGAAGCAGCGAAACGGAGCGGAACGAGACGGAACAGAACGCAACGAAACGCAACGACGACGUUCUGUACCUCCCGUCUGUGAACGACCGAACGUACGACUUCGGCGAAGUUGCUGACAUGCUCAACAGCGACGAGCAGAUAAGUGGCGAGCUGCGGGGGGUCCUAUUGCGCAGCGCCGAGAAGGUGACUUCAUGGUUGGAAGGCACUGGCAAGGGGGGCUCACCUGGAGACAAUCUCUACACGCGUGGCACCAUCCCCCUGAUUGUGAAGAAUGCCUUCCUAGAAUGCUGCAAGGACAACUCCAUUUUACUUAUCUGCGGGACCUUUUUCAUGUUUGAUGAAGUUCUGCCCGCUUUUGAUAUUCACUCGGAUCUGCAGGACCCCAUUUCGAUGAACGAACCAUCCUACAUUUGA